GACGCUCCGAAUAAAAGAUCCCCCCAUACUAUUUGAACCCCCUACAAAUGGAACGCGUUCGGUUGGUUAUCUUGAGGAGUAAUGUGGAAUCUUUCCCCCUUUCUUCCCCAAGAAAGGCCGGAAGGGGCGUUUGCGCUCGAGAUUUCGGUUGUUUCUUGCUCUUGGACUGUGCUUCUGAGAUAUCAUUGUAUCACUUAAGGUAUGUUCCAAAAAAAAAUAUGCAGUUUAAAAGUCUAAUCCAGCCAAGACAUAGUUGCCAUGAGAAACGGUGAAAUGUUGAUCCAGAGUUCUCAUCCUAAUUGUGUUACCGCAUCAUCAUUGUAUGCACUUGACUAUAGCAACAACAGAACAUGGACUUGCUUGGUUGGUCACAUUCUAACGAAACUGGGAAGAAAUCUGUAACUUGUGAAGUGUGCCCUUUGGAAACCCCCAGAACAUUUACAGUUAUUAGAGAUGAAGAAAGCAAAUCAGCUGGUUCCAGUAUUCUAGAAUUGUCUUCCUGUGCCAAUAUAUCAACAACAAGUGAUAUGCACAUGAGUUUUGUGCAUAAAAUGGAUGGUUAUGUGUACAAACGAAGGAAGUUGCAGAAGAAUGGUGUUGCACUUGUGUCAAAAGAAAAUGUAUCAGAAAGUACUAAAGAAGGCUCCUUUUGCCAUUCUAGUAUAAGUUGUGAGGACAAUUCAUUGUCAGAUAAAAAUAAUAAUCCUCACAGAAAUAAGAAAUUUGCAGAUUUUGGUGGAGCUGUUGAGAAUGGAAAUGUAUUAUCUGAAAGUUAUCACCUGCUAGAUCACAGAACUCCCUUCAUCUCACAGAAAGAUGUUAUUAUGGAAGUAAUAUUAGACCCAAAUUGUAUUCCUAAUAAUAGAUCUAUCGGAGAAAACAAAGUACAUACUGAGUCACCUGUCAAGUGCCUUCAGAAAUCGGAAUCAGAUUACAACUCUGGUAUAAAUGACAGAUUUUCAACAUCAAAGUCCAAUAAUAAUCCCAGUUCAUAUUGCAUAAAGAAUGAAGUGGAGACUGGUGAGUGUUCUUCAUUGGAUAAUGUCAUUGCCGAUCCAUUGGGUGAUUUCCAUUCAGCAAAGGAGCUGUGCAUUUUUGUUCUUAGAACUAAUGGUUUACUUAGGGGAGCAUGUGAGAGUGGUGCAUGGGUUUCUCCUGAGGUUCUAGAUCACCAUGAACCCACUUUUCAAUCAUGCAAGAUAUGUUGUCAAUUGGGACAACCAUUGAAGAUGCUAAUUUGUGACCUUUGUGAAGAAGCAUUUCAUGUGUCUUGUUGCAGACUGAAAAUAAGAAAUUUGCCAGUUGAUGAGUGGUUUUGUCAAUCUUGUUUCAGUAAGAAGCCAAAGUCCUUUAUUGAUGAGAAAUCUGGGAAAACAUGUACUUUGGUGGAUGAAUUACCAGGGCACAGGAGAAGAGUAUCUCAUAGAGUUUUGGACCCUAUAGCAUUCAUGUUGCGAGACGGCCAGCCUUAUACAACUGGGGCUCGCAUCGGGAAAGAUUUUCAAGCGGAAGUUCCUGACUGGUCGGGUCCAAUACCUGAUGGUUUCAAUCCAUAUGGGGAGCCUUCAGAAGUGGAUCCUGCUGAAUACUCUAGUCUCAGUGUAUGGAACAAUUCCAGGCCACCAAAAUCUACUUCUAUUGGUAAUUGGGUUCAAUGUCGAGAAGUUGUAUAUACUGGUGAUGAUGAUGAGGGUACUGUAUGUAGAAAGUGGCGCAGUGUCUCCAAUCAAGCGGGAAAGACACAGACAUUGAUUACAAAUAUAACUAUGGGGUAGCAACCAUCCACAGCACAACCAGUAUUCAUGAAUGAUAAUUUCGGAAGAAAUAGCAGACUGCUCCAACCCACAUUUGAGGUUGAGUUUUUAGCACAUUACGACAACAACAACAACAAUGAAGCUGUAAUUGUCCCAACUAUCUGGAUUCAAUUACAUGGAUUUUCCCACCAUUGAGCUCUGUAUAAUUCGAUAUGUCUAGUUUAAUCAAGAGCAUAUAAAUAUUGUUUUAUUGUUUCUAGAAAAGAUCUUAGGUUCCCAACCUUUUCUCACACCAAUUAUCCUAAUUGAUUUAGAUCAUCUAAUCACAACACUUGUUCUUGAAUGAAAACGUUACUAGUAGUAGUGGGUUUAAUAUUUAUUCUCAUUAUGCUUAGCAGUUUGAUAAUCACAAUGACAUACAAUCUUAAUCAGUUUAUUCCUUUGGACCUUAUCACAAUAGGUAAUUUGACUGGAAAAUAGCAAUGGUACAAUUAACGUAACCUGCUCUGUAAUGUUUUGUGCUAUCUAAUACAGGACCAGUGCAGUAAACAGUUAUUGAACUUUGGAAGUUUCCCAUUUAAAUUGAUUAUGCUAAUAAUACUGUGGAUGCUAGAUUGAUAACUUUGUAAAGUUAUCUUCUUUGGAUCUG